GCUCCGGAGUCUCCAUAAAAGUUAGUGCGCACAAGCUGAGCUGUCAGACUGGGCUGAGACGCGGCGGAGUAAAGACUGGAGGCUCAAGUGAUUGAUCAGGAUCGAUCCCGCUCUGAGACAGUCAUCUUGUUCACACGAGGUGUGCGGUCUGAUCCUCUUUGUGAAAAGGCGCAGCAACAGGACGCAGUUACAUGUCAUUAAACACAGAGUCUGAACAGGCUCCUGGUUGUUUUUGGACUCUAUCGGGAUAAUAACACGCAGCAGGUUUGGAUGCAGGAGAGACUCGGCUGUGCGGCGGUGGAGGUGCCCACGCUAUACCGCCUCAAAAAGAAGUAGGUGAAGAAUCGUGUCUGAUCCUUUUAAGGCUGUUUGAUUUUACACCAGUGGGGGGGGGAAAGAAAGCCACCACUCCCGUUUGAUCAUCAGUCCAGGACGCAAAUGUCUCCACAUCACAGACACUACUCUGGAUUGUAGCAGCAGCUGCAGCCCCACCGAUGGUUUGAGAGGGCGUUAAGGUGCGGGAAGGGAGUGGGACAAUUACAGGAUGAGUGAGCGAUACACACUAAUCGGAAGUAAAGGGGCUCUACUUGUAAUGGUGCUGAUUAUUAGUGUAUGGGAGAUGACCGUACCAACGGAAGGAGCUACGGCAGCGCACCAAGUUCGGACGGGAACCUGCGAGGUGGUGGCAUUGCAUCGCUGCUGCAACAAGAACAAAAUUGAGGAGCGGUCACAAACUGUGAAGUGCUCCUGCUUCCCCGGGCAAGUGGCCGGCACCACCAGAGCUGCCCCAUCGUGUGUAGACGCCUCAAUAGUGGAGCAGAAGUGGUGGUGUCAGAUGCAUCCGUGCCUUGACGGAGAGGAAUGCAAAGUUCUUCCUGAUCUGAAGGGUUGGAGCUGUGCCACAGGGAACAAGAUCAAAACUACAAAGAUUUCUGCAGACAAAGACCAGCUUUGGUAACGACAGAUGUUUCACGGAGGAAAACAGGUGAACCAACAGCUUUGCUUUUUUGUCGGAUCAUCACAGAAGAGAGGAAUGAAAAUGACCUUUCUGUAAAUAAAGACUUCCCUUCUUUCUGGACACAGUUAAUCUUUGGACAAAUCUGAAUGCAUCUUGAACUCUUGAACUCUAUGGACAUGAAAAAGAGGAUUACAUUCUAUUGAAAGUACUGAAACAUUCAGCACUACUUUUGGAAGGACUCCAUAUGAUAAGCCUUACAAGAAAACAGGAUUUAUUCCGGACAUUGUACUGCAACGAUGAACUUUAUCUAUAUGUGUAUUUAAAGAGUAUAGAAGCCCUCUGUAGGGGACUUGGUAUCACAAAUUGACCAGGGAGAACAGCAGAUCAAUUUGUUGUAAGCAUCGCAACUUUGGUUUGGUUUUUAUCCGUCAGUCGUGGCUUUCUUCUAUAACAAAGUGUAGUUCCAGAUGUCCAGAUCUAGACAGACAUGUGGCUGAGCAGCAGCUAUUCAAGGUGAUUUUCAAAGAAAUAAACACACACAUUUGUGUUUUUGUCAUUCAAUCUUGGUUGUUACAGAAAAAGGGAACCUAAUUCAUUUUUAGACUCUGCGUAAAAGUACUAAACCAGACAUCAGUCAGUGCUUCUAAUGGACAGUUCAGUUGAAUCAGCCGGAUUAGGAAAUUCAAUUGGACUGCUGUGCUUGUCCCAUUAUACAAGCACCGAGGAACAAUCCAUCUAUUGAUGGAAGUAUGUCCGACUCAGCUACGAUAGAGGUGAUAUGCCCCCUUUCAGCUAGUUACUGUUGGACCUUCUUGCGUUUGACCUUGCUAACAAGUAAGUUAGGUGACAAGUUAGCAUACUGGUUAAAAGUCCAACAGUGGUGGUGCAGUGGUUGGUACGCGCCCCCCAUGUGUGGAGGCUGUGGUCCUCCAGGCGGACAGCCCAGGUUCGAAUCACACCUAUGGUUCCUAUCUUGACUGUCUUUCCCCACUCUGUCCCUCCCUGAUUUCCGGCUCUGUCCACUGUCCUGUCUCUCCAAAACAUGGGGAAAUGUAGCUCUGUACUGCAAUGCAGCUAUAACGUUCAAUUUCUGGGUCAAAGCCCGUAGCGGGAACUGGUUUUCCAAUCCUCCUCCUGGCUAUAGGCUAGCUUGGGUCCGAUUGAUGCAUUUAUUGUACGUGAACCCCAACCUCGUAUUCUAAGCGCGUUAGUCCAACUUCGAGAAAUUCAACUUCAGAUGGACAAUCAUGUUAACACACAUUCUAAAAGAUCCAGUUUUUCGCGGGCUACCACAACAAAUGGAUUAAAUCUGAUCGAACAGCUGUGAGCAGAAAAAAUAGAAUCCAGCUGUGGUUUGUUUUAUUCUUUGAGAAUCACCGUGUCAUUCCCUUCUACUGCUGCCAGAUUUUGUUUUUUGUACCACAUCUCUGGAGUUCUUGACAGUGGCGGUGUAAAUUAAACACUUAGAGCAUCUGGCUUGCCGGCUGGGUAAUGACAAUGUUCCCAAAACGGUUUCAGACUAGUUACUCAAGUAAGAUUUGCUGAUCACCUUCCGGUAUUGCUGACACUUCCCUGUCUGUGUAAGUGAUGACAUCAGUAAUAAACUAUGGUUGUGUA